CAUACGUUUACAUUAUUAUAAACCUGUAUUACAUGAAAACAUGGAAUAAUCCACUUCCCCUUAGUAAACCUGAAGAGUUAUUAAUAACAACCGAAAUUCCAUUAGAAGAACCAAAAGUGAUUCGAACGCAUCAAUUAUAUCCUUUCACUUCACCAAUGAACAGAAAUUCAUGCCAUGUUAUUUAUGAUGACGGUGUACAUAGUGAUUGUUGUGUAUGGUCACCUGAUCCGUUAAUCAAUGGUCCAGCAAGAUGUGGUUGUUUUAUGGCAACUAUUCUAGCUAUAUUCAGUAUCAUAUUAUUACUUAUUGGGAUAAUUUUAACCAUACUACAUUACGUAAUCGGUAUGGAAUUUUACACAAUUAACCGUGGUCAAACUAUUGGUCCAUUACUAUUAGGCCUCACAAUUAUACCACUUAUAUUCAUGAUCUACUUCAUAUGCAUAGCUAGGCACAAAAUAACUGAUUAUGUUGAACAGUUAUCGUUGAGUUACCUUGCCAAAGAACGAAUAGCUUAUAGACAACAUCAGGCAGAAUUAGCACGAAGUUCAAUUGGAUUACAAAACUCAUCUAGAUACAGUUAAUAAACCAAGAGAAAAAUCCACUGGCUAAACUAAUCUCAUUCAACAUUUGAUCUUUUUGUGAAUUUCAUUUAAAUAUUUUGUAAUCUACAGUAAUUGAUUCAUUCAAUCUAAAACAUUAUCAAGGUGAACCUUAUUUAUCAAAACAUUACAGAUGAAAGAAUUUACACAAAAGGGGUUUUCAUU